AUGCCACCGAGAUCAACUCAUCAGACCUCAUUACCAGAAGGCGACGGCGUUACGUACGACGAAUCCGACAUGGCCCUCUUUCGCGCCAAGCUUGCUUACCACUCCACCAUCGAGGAGCGCAUGGCAUCAAGAGACACCAAUCUGGUCUCCAUUGCAGAGCACCAAGGCCGGCUCCUCAAACGGUGGGAGAUGUUGAAAGGGGUGGAGAAAGAAAUGGCAGAUAAAGGCAAGAGUUUAGAGCCCGCGGAGAAGCAACAACUAGCCCACUGUCUUGUCUAUUUACCCAUCAGCGAUCCCUGGAUUAUGAUUCUCUCGUAA